AUGCGUUCGAAGUUUGCCAUUGGCUCCCGCGCGGAAGCCGACGUUGAGAAGGGUCCCCAUGUCGAUAACACUCUCGCAUCCGACAGCACUAGCCACGAGAACUAUGACACCGUUAGCGACAACGCCGUGCCAGGUGAGAGCUUCGAGUACGGCAACUCGCUCUACGCGCGCAUCCAGCGCAUUGCGGGCAAGUUCAACAUUGAACAGCGUGGAGUUGAGCGCGUUCCUGAAAAUGAGCGCACGGAUACCUCCUACUUCAAUAUCGGCAGCAUGUGGCUGGCCGCGAACAUGGUCGUCAGCUCCUUUGCGAUUGGAGUCCUCGGCAAAUCACUCUUCUACCUGGGAUUCGUUGACGCGAUCCUGGUGUGUCUGUUCUUCAACUUGCUCGGUGUCAUGACCGUGUGUUUCUUCUCGUGCUUUGGCCCCGCGUUUGGACUGCGACAGAUGGUUCUGUCCCGCUUCUGGUUUGGCUGGUUCCCUGUGAAGUUCAUUGCCAUCCUCAACGUCCUGGCCUGUGUCGGCUGGUCCGCCGCCAACGCCAUCGUGGGCGCUCAGCUUUUGAAUGCCGUCAACGGUACCGUUCCUGGCUUUGCCGGCAUCCUCAUCAUCACUUUCUGCACCCUCUUCAUUACCUUCGCCGGAUACAAGGUCGUCCACAUUUAUGAAUACUGGAGCUGGAUUCCGACAUGUAUCGUUUUCUUCAUCGUGCUGGGUUGCUUUGCCCACUCUGGUGAUUUCCUCAACCUGCCUAUGGAGUCUGGCACCUCUGAGCUGGGUGACUGCCUGUCCUUUGGCUCGACUGUGUAUGGCUUCGCAACUGGCUGGACCAGCUAUGCCGCGGAUUAUACCGUCUACCAGCCGGCUAACCGCAGCCGCCGCAAGGUCUUCGCCGCCACCUGGGCUGGCCUGGUUAUUCCGCUGUUGUUUACCCAGUUCCUAGGUAUUGCCGUGAUGACUGCCACUGGUCUCAACGACGGUAACAACAAGUACGCCGAUGGCUACUCGGCCUCGGGCAACGGUGGUCUGCUUGGAGCUGUCCUGGAACCCCUUGGUGGCUUCGGCAAGUUCUGUUUGGUCAUCCUGGCGCUAUCAAUCAUCGCCAACAACUGCCCGAACAUCUACUCUGUCUCGCUGACCUUGCAAGUUCUGAGCCGAUACACGCAGCGCGUGCCUCGCUUCAUUUGGACCUUCCUCGCCUCCUGUGUGUCGCUUGCCAUUGCUAUUCCAGGCUACUCCCACUUCGAGACCGUCUUGGAAAACUUCAUGAACUUGAUCGCGUACUGGCUGGCUAUCUACUCGGGUAUUGCUAUCGCGGACCACUUCGUCUUCAAGCGCGGGUUCAAGGGCUACCGCCCCGAAAUCUACGAUAAGCCUGAUCAGCUUCCCAUCGGCCUCGCCGCGAGCGUGGCAUUCUGCUUCGGUGUCGCCGGUAUGGUCACUGGUAUGAGUCAGACCUGGUGGAUCGGUCCGAUUGCGAAGCACGCUGGCGCUCUUCCCUAUGGUGGUGAUGUCGGUUUCGAACUGGGUUUCGCUUUUGCCUUUACGAUGUACUGCGUUGCACGCCCGAUUGAGAUUCACUUCUUCCGCCGUUAG